GAGGCAGCGUGGUGACACACAAAGCAGGGCUGCCCCCCAGACAGUCCCCAGAGGAACCUUAAGCUCCCGGGUGCCCCAGGGUGUUGGCCGAGCUGCCCCAAUCCCUGCCUGUGGAUGCUGCAAUUACCUCAGCGUGAAACCCAGAUUCCCACCUGACUGAGUCAGCGGAAGACAACAACACACCUCCACCGUCACACACUGGCACAAACAGCCAAGCCACUAAUCACAGUCCGGGAGCCACGGGCGGCGGCAGAGAGGCCAGUGCCCGUCGUCCAGAGAGAGGGCGAGCCUGGCCCACCAGGAACCCAGCACUGGGGAAGAAAAUCCACCUCUGAUCGUGCUAGAGCUGCCCUCACUUCAGCUCUGUAAGUGCUGUUUCUUCCUCCUGGGGUUUUUCCACUGCCCUAUCAAGUAACCAGGCCACUCCUGUCCCUCUGAGAAACUCCUGCUGCGGGAACUCCCAGCUCCUGGCUCUCCUGGACAAGUGCGCCCACUUCCCGGGACCUCAUCUCACCAUCCACGAUGCUGGCAGAAGGUCCCUGCUGAGCAGAAACCCGGAGGCCUGUGCUUCUGCUAGCGAGGCGUGCCUCCCUGAUUCUUGCCAUUCACUGCUCCAGCAGGACCAGAUGGUCCCUAGCUGCCCUUGAACCAGGCUUCUGAGGUACCAGGCUUGUUUGCUGGCUCCCCGGGGCCCCAUGGAGACCUGGCGGAAAGGCUCCUUCCGCAGCGCCUCGUUCUUCAAGCAGCUGAGCCUGGGGCGGCCACGGAGACUCCGACGACAGGGCAGCGUGCUCAGCCAGGCCAGCACAGCCGGUGGGGACCACGAGGAGUACAGCAACCGAGAGGUCAUCCGGGAGCUGCGAGGGAGGUCGGACGGCCGGCGCCUGCCACUGUGGGGGGACGAGCAGCCCCGGGCCACCCUGCUGGCCCCGCCCAAACCCCCUCGCCUCUACCGAGAAAGCUCCAGCUGCCCCAACAUCCUGGAGCCCCCGACCGCCUAUGCUGCUGCCUACUCUGCCACCCUGCCCUCCACGCGCUCCCUGGCGGAGGCCCUACACCAAUCCUCCGAGGAGGACCUUUUGGACACGCCCCACUUCCAGAGGACACCUGCUCCGGACCUCAGCGAUCCUUUCUUCUCCUUCAAAGUGGACCUGGGGAUUUCACUUCUUGAGGAAGUUCUACAGAUGUUGAGGGAGCAAUUUCCCAGUGAGCCCAGCUUCUGAAUGGGGGAGAGGGUGGGCACAGGUGGGUGAAAGAGCCAGAAGCCUGGGGACCGAGAAAAGGGAGAGGACAGUCAUGGAUUAAGGUAGGAAUAGGAAUCCAGGUCCCUGCCUGCCCUCUGGGUCCUGAACAGUUCUCGGAGUCACCCCAGAGUGGAGGGAGAGAGGUACAGAGGUAAGGUGGAAAUGUGAGGGGGGCACCUGCUGGCAGGAACCCUGAAGGCAGCUAGCUGGGCUGGAAAAGGGAGGCCACGGCUGCAACCACAGGGACCAGGCAGAGGCCAGCGAAGAGGAAGGGUGGCAUAAAGGGCGAGUCCAGGAGAGGAGACACACAGACUCAGCACAACAAAUGGGUGCCCUGCACCAGCUCCCUCUGAAGCCACUGUCAACAGACAGGUUACAGGACAGGUCUGGGCAAAAGUGGUCCAAUCCAGGCUGGUUAGGAAAGUGGGAGACCUAAGGGGAGAGGGAUGAGACAGGCUUGCCCUUGUCCAAUAUGGUAGCCACUAGCUACACGCGGCUGUUUACAGUUAAACUAAUUGAAAUUAAAUGCAAUUACAAAUUCAGCCCUUAGUCACAUUAGCCAUAUUUCAAGUGUUCAACAGCCACAUAUGACUAACAGCUACCAUACUGGACAGCGCAGAGUGAACCUUAACAUCACUGGAGAAAGUUCUAUGGGGCAGUGCAGGCCUAGACCAUGGCCUGGGGCCUGGUUGGGGGAAGGGGGAAGCAUAUGGGGCCUGCAAGAGAAGGGAGGGGCUGGCAGAGUAGGAAGAGUGAGGCAGGUAGAGUGUAACUCAGGAAAAAGGCCAAACAAAUCACUAGCAGAAAAGAGGCAUGAGAGACUCGAAGUGCCAACACAGCUGGCCAGAGCACUCCCUGGUACCCGAGGGAGGAGGCUCUAGGGAAUGCCAGGCACAGACACAGCUUGUGAAGGCGGGCUUUGGGGAAUUCCCAGAAUUACUAGUUUUGGGAGCCCUUGGGAAAUGCAACAAAAAACAGUGGCAGGUUUCCCUCCUUCCUGCACCCAUGAGAAUAUUGGAGGACGGGAUCAGGGGAUGGACUCAAAGCUCAGGUGGUUCCAGUGAAGAGGCACCGCUCGUCUCCAGAAUCCUCACCAGGACCAAGGAGCUUUGCUUUGCUCCAAAGCUCUGACGAUGGGGGCUGUGGCCCCACCCUAACGCCUGGCCGGGAGACUUGCAGCCAGAGCCCAGUUGGCUGCAUGUGGUUCUGACACCCCAGGCCUUUCCAGACGUGCCAGACGGGAAAAGGGAAGCCUGGACACACGCUGUCUGCACAACUCAAACCUUGUGGCCGCCCCCUUCCCUCCUCUUGUGCGGAUGUGCUGAGCUGAAAGCCCCCCUGUGUGUGCAGAUGAUAAAUAAAAUUCUU